CGGCGGCUUGCUGGGCGCGCUCCCGGAGCCGGUGAUGAGGCCGCAGUGGGGACUAGCGACCCCGCUUCGUUCCCCAGCAGGCGUCUCUCGACCGGGCCUGUUUGCAUAAAGCGUCGGAAGUGGGCUGGGAACAGCCUCAGGUUCUUUUUUACUAUGCAGUGACCGGGAGAUGUCAAACCGCACACAGCGGUUUUGGCGUGGGUCCGACCAGGUGAUCUUGGCGCUAGUGCGCAUGCUGGUGCCUGACCCAAAGCCCCAGGCAUCCGUCAGACAGGUCUGGAGACUUAACGGACGUGGAGUUGGGAGCCCGGGCGCCAAACCUGCCUGUGACUCCACACCACGACACACGGGCUGAGCCUGGUUGGGAAUUGUGCUCCUGGUCUGGCAGUUGGUAGAGAGCAAUCUUCCAGGAUGGCAGCCAUCAACCCGUGGACUUCCUGGGGUGCCUUUACACACCAGACUUGGGGGAUGGCAGCUGUUGACCCGUGGCCCUCCUGGGCUCUGUGUCCUCAGGACCCUGCCUGGCACGUGGAAGGGAGCCCUGAGGAAGAGAGGAGGGCUGCCAGGCUCCCAGCGGCCCGUGUCCAGGAACCAGUAACCUUCAAGGAUGUGGCAGUGGACUUCACUCAAGAAGAAUGGGGGCAGUUGGACCUUGUUCAGAGGACUCUGUACCGAGAUGUGAUGCUGGAGACCUAUGGACAUCUGCUGUCCGUGGGGAAUCAGAUCACCAAGCCUGAGGUCAUCUCGCUGUUGGAACAAGGAGAGGAGCCAUGGUCAGUGGAGCAAGCAUACCCUCAAAGCACUUGUCCAGAAUGGAAGAAAAAUCUUGAAAGCAAAGCAUUGGUCCCAAUACAAAGCAUAUUUGAGGAGGAAAAACCCCAUGACAUGAGGUUGGAAAAAUACAUAUGGGAUGAUCCUUGGUUCUCCAGGGUAGAAGUUUUAGGCUGUAAAGACCAAUUAGAAAUGUACCAAAUGAACCAGAGUACGGCUAUGAGGCAAAUGUUCUUCAUGCAAAAGCAAGUGCUAUCUCAAAGAGGCUCUGAUUUCUGUGAACUUGGGACAGAGUACAGCCAGAACUUAAACUUUGGUCCUUCACAGAGAGUUUCCCAUGUAGAACAUUUCUAUAAGCCUGAAACACGUGCUGAAAGCUGGAAAUGUAACUCAGCCGUACUGUAUGCAGAUAAGGUUACCUGUGAAAAUAAUUAUGACAAAGCCUUCUGCCAGUCCAUUCAACCUGUUCACACUACAGGAAUGCAAGCUGCAGAUAAUCUUUUCAAAUGUACUGAUGCUGUUAAAUCUUUCAAUCAUGUAAUACAUUUUGGUGAUCAUAAAGGGAUGCACACAGGAGAGAAACUUUAUCAAUAUAAGGAAUGCCAUCAAAUUUUUAACCAGAGCCCACCAUUUAGUGAACAUCCAAGAUUUCAUGUUGGAGAAAACCAGUAUGAUUACAAAGCAUAUGAGAAUAUCUUUUACUUCUCAUCCUUCAUGGAACAUCAAAAAAUUGGUACUAUAGAGAAAGCAUAUGCAUACAAUGAAUGGGAAAAAGUCUUUGGGUAUGACUCAUUCCUUACUCAACAUACAAGCACGUAUAGUUCUGAGAAACCCUAUGAAUAUAAUGAAUGUGGGACAUCUUUCAUCUGGAGCUCAUACCUUAUUCAACAUAAGAAAACUCAUACUGGAGAGAAACCCUAUGAAUGUGAUAAAUGUGGAAAGGUUUUUAGGAAUCGUUCAGCCCUGACUAAACAUGAACGGACUCACACUGGAAUAAAACCUUAUGAAUGUAAUAAAUGUGGAAAAGCCUUCAGCUGGAAUUCUCAUCUUAUUGUACACAAGAGAAUUCAUACAGGAGAAAAACCUUAUGUAUGUAAUGAAUGUGGGAAAUCUUUCAAUUGGAAUUCUCAUCUUAUUGGACAUCAGAGAACUCAUACUGGAGAGAAACCUUUUGAGUGUACUGAAUGUGGGAAAUCUUUCAGCUGGAGCUCUCAUCUCAUUGCCCAUAUGAGAAUGCAUACUGGAGAGAAGCCCUUCAAAUGUGAUGAGUGUGAAAAAGCUUUUAGGGAUUACUCGGCCCUUAGUAAACAUGAAAGAACUCACUCUGGAGCAAAACCAUAUAAAUGUACUGAAUGUGGCAAAUCAUUCAGCUGGAGCUCCCAUCUUAUUGCCCAUCAGAGAACUCACACAGGAGAAAAACCCUAUAACUGUCAGGAAUGUGGCAAAGCAUUUAGAGAACGCUCAGCCCUUACUAAACAUGAAAUCAUUCAUUCUGGAAUUAAGCCCUAUGAAUGUAAUAAAUGUGGAAAAUCUUGCAGCCAGAUGGCUCACCUUGUCAGGCAUCAAAGAACUCAUACUGGAGAAAAGCCUUAUGAAUGCAAUAAAUGUGGGAAGUCUUUCAGUCAGAGCUGCCACCUUGUUGCUCAUCGGAGAAUUCACACUGACACAAAGUCCUGGAGGGAUUUUCACCAUUUCACAGCUGUGUCCCCAGUAUUGGAACAUGUUGCCUGGAACACAGCAGGUUCCCAGCAAAGUGACCAAAGAGGCCUUAGGUUUAUUUGCAGAGCUUCUAAGUCAGUCUCUACCUUCCAUCCCAUAUGACUAUGAUAGGACAAUAGAAGGGUCAUGAAGAGUUCACAGAAGCCUGUCCAGGCCAAAGGAGAGCUUCAAGUGGAUUUCUGCAGGCAAAUAGAGGUAAAAAUUGGGGUAGAUUGUCCUGGGUUUUAGAUAAUUGGAAAAACAAACCUUCAUGCUUAAGAACUUCCACUCUGGUGCUUUGUUUGACCUAAUUUUUAAAUUCAUUGGUAACUUUGUCCAGUAAAUAAGCCAGCUGGACUGGGAGGCCCUGAACUCAUUCUUUAGGAGCUGAACUGUAUACUGGACAUGGACUGCUAGCUGUCCACUUGCUGCCUCAAUGGAUCUGCAACAGUCUCACCACUGACGGGCUAAGAACACCCCAGGUAGAGGACAGAGAAUGAGACUUCCACAAUUAGCAUAUUUAAAUGCAUGUAAAUAAGUCAUAAUGUCAUGCCACAAAGAGCCCAGUGACAGUCAUCCCAACCCUGAACGUCUUCCCUCCCAACACAGUCAUGGAAAUGGGGUCCCUCCUCAGGUUUUUUCAGAAGCCAGCCCCAAGGACAGUGAUGACUCAGAGGGGAUGACACAGGGAUUUCACUUCACAGGUGCAAUUUUGGGAUAGAAACAGGUGCAUUGUGAGGUUCAUGUGUGUCACUCCCUUGCCCGCAAAGGAACGACGCUACUCGCAGCUAAUCGGUCUUCCAUAGACUUUUAUUAAGAAAAUAACAGCGACAGAGGUAGAGGGAAAGGAAGGAGGAAGGAAAAGAGAGAGAGAGAGCUUCCUUCCUCCGUGUACGACUUAUAUACAAAAUCCAACCAAUUGGAAGCGGGCUAAAGUCCAUGCAUGGAGCACUCUGAUCCGAUGCCUGUUCACGCGGCGUUCAUGCGCCCCUUGGCCAAUCAAAUGAGAUGUCACGCGGUGGGCAGGCUCUUCGUGUGGUCCUCGGCGCCAUCUUGUUGUUUACAACACUCUGUACCCUUUUUGGAAAGUCCCUCUCAGGUCAGUUACAUCCGGUGGAAAGCACCGUCCCAACUGAAACUAAAAACAUCUGCUUUAGCAAACGCAACACGGCUGCCAGGCCAAGCCUUAACUCAGAGGUCCCGUGGUAGGCCUACCCAUGGGUCCCCACAUCUCCCCCUUCUUUAUUAUAAUAAAUGGCAUGGAGACGUGCCUGUCUUAGGUGCCCCAUGGCACAUACUCUGCUUACCCAUCAUCGAGGAUGCAGGAGGCAUGUCCUGUCCUCUGUCUUAGGUCGCUAGGGUUGCCCGCAGGUGCUUACCCGUCUUUGACUACCACUCCAUCAUGCUAAGCCAUACUUCCUUAUUGGGGUGAGAUCGUAAGGUGGCUAGCAUGGCCUGUCGGAUUACCAGGUUGGCACACUGCUGACGGAGUGCUAAGGUUCUAAUCUGUUUGGCGUUGAGGAUGAGGCCCAAUAGUACCAUUAUGAACAAACAACUGAUGGCGACCCAUUCUUUAACUGUGGACCAGGUGCUGGAAAUCCAAACUUCAACUGGAGCCCUGGUAUUGUUAAGUACCCAAAUGCUAGUUCGUAAGCGUUGUAGUAACAUCGUAAAAUUGCUGCUCCAGGUGGUAUUAAUCAUAUGCCCUAAUUGGCGGGACAUGUUAGCAAGUGAAGAAUGUUGGUCAUAAGGAAAAGGCAGCAUGCAAACGGAGACAGAUUGAACCAAACAGGGUGCCCCCAUGACCGAUGCUAACAGAUUCAAUUCCUCCUGGAGGACAUCUACUCUUUGGUUGACCAGUAAGAUCCCCGUUUUGAGACUUUCGUCCAGUUGCUCCUGUUGUUGCAAAGCAACCGCUGUCUGCGCCGAAAUAUUGUUGAUUUGUUGAACUAACUUGGGUAACUGCCAAGGUGACUGCAGCUGCACUCGCCACCGCGGCCGCUGUGAUGGCGGCCACCAAACCUGCAGUGAUGGAAAGUCUCUAUGACUUUGCAGGAUCACUGCGAAGUCUUUAGGCCCUGCCCUAAUUGGGACCGGAAUCCAGGUGGGGACGCGCAUAAUUACCCCCACCGAGUUACCAUCCCAACAUUGAGUAAGGCUCCCGGCAGUGCAGGUAUUAUUCACUUUGUCACAACAUACCAAAGGAAAGGUGGCUCGACGCAUGCCUGAGCCGAAUAAGUCUCAGAUUUAUAAGUAUGGUGAAGAGUGAUAGUGUCAUCAUCCUCGGCCCACGAGCUACUGGACCAGAACCAACCCUUCAAAAACAUAAGUGGGGAUAAGUCAGUGCAUGCACCAACACUAUUGCAGGCAAUUAUGGGAUCCCACCCAUUACCCAUCUCGGGCACUGGCUUAAAGGUUCGAUUGAUCCACAGGACACUGGGUUGAAGCAUAGAGACAAGGGAAAUUAAAAGGAUUAGGAGGAAAAGGAGCAGAACUGUUAGACCCUCUGUGUGAGGAUGCUAACACGUCGAGAGGCACACCCCAAAGACUCAGAGUCCAGACCAGCUGAUGCAAAAAGCAAGAGGAUUUAUUCAGCGUCUGCGCAGACGGGCUUCCUGAACUCGGGAGUCCAGAGAGCACCCCCAGCACAAAGCCACACGGUUUAUAUAUCUGCAGCAACCAAUCAAAAGCACUAUAGUGUCCAUGGACACAGCAGUCCAAUCCGUGAGCUGAUCGUGUGAAAGGCAUGCGUCUUCUAUCCAAUGAGCUACGGGAUCACAUGGGAGGCAUGCACACAGCAGUCCAAUCCGUGAGCUGAUCAUGUGAAAGGCAUGCGUCUUCUAUCCAGUCAGCUACGGGAUCACAUGGGAGGCAUGCCCCUCAUCGCCAUUUUGUUGUUUACUUCUUUAGCAGUUCCUUUCCCUGUCAGCGUCAUCUUGUUCACCCUGAGGGGGAUGACAUCUCGCUCCCUUCGUUCCCGGGGAGGGAGAGCAGCGUCCCGCUUCCCACACUGUUAUUUGAGUAUUAGGAGGCUACAAACUGGGUUAGGUCUUAGCACAGCCAGGCACAAGUGUCGCAGCUAGCUAAGCAUAGGGUCCCUUAUUUUUAUAGCUGCACCUAAUUUUAGCUUUGGGGGAAAAAGUUUAGGGCUAUAAUUUUUAAACUUUAAUUUUAUUUGGGGCAAAGGUGACUUCUUGUUUUUAAUAGUGUUAGCUUAAGUCACUCCAUCUUGGUUUGAUUUUUAAGGUUCUUCAGAACUAACACUAAUAUUAACACUAUCACCAUUAAGAUCCACAUAGGAUCUACAGGAGUGAUUGAAGGUCAUGUUCAUAAACUCGGUCAAAUUAAUCCAGCGAUGGCCCACAAAGCUAGCAUAGGAUGGCAUAGCCACUCCUGGUGCCAACCAGGUAUGUAGGCGGCCACUUUGGCAGGAAGUAAGGCGGGGUCGAUUCAAACUGGUCCAAUCUCUACAGGCCGGCAGUAUUUGUCUAAUGGGUAUGACCGGCAACUCCUCUGAGCACCAGAAACAUUCCGUAGGGAAAGAACCUGAUGUAAAGGCAGCAAAACUGCCCUUAUGCUUGUUUGGGUUGUCGAGCCAGCCCGAGGAUUGGUUAGUUAACGUAAUGCACGGGGAGGUAUAGUUCACCUCGUCUCUGCCCGGCAAAAUCUCAAAGCAGAAGGAGCCUUCCAAAGCAAUAGAAAGAUUUAAGACACCAGUUUCAGACAGGGGCUUAUCUAGGCUGGCAACUCCAAAUAUGGAAACAGACAUAUUAUCAGCAAAAAUUAUGGGCAAAUAUUUAGAGGUAUUCGACAAAGGCAUGGGCCAGGGUAGGGCUCUGAGCAGGCCCCAAUACACUCCCUGAUCCUGACAUAUGACAACACUGCUAAAUAUUAUAAUGCAAAGAAUUCUAAGUAGCAUGAUUGGUCCUAUUAUUAUGAAUCGCAAUUAUCAGCAGUAAACAGUCAAUCAAUACUCCCAAUAAGCCACCAACACAAGCCAAAAACAGAACUAACAAAAGCACAAGUAGCAAUCGCUUCAUAACCUUCGCUUGCUCUCUGCUAUAUUUGGGCCUUGGGCCUCGUCCACUGUUUCUUCCGGGGGUUGUUGAUCGACACAAUUUCCCGUCAGAAGUUGGACUCUUCUUUCUGGCAUCCAAAUGGGUUGUGCAGCUCCCUGUGGGAAGAAACAAACAGCUCCUCGUACCCUUCUUAAUAAAGGGAACGGGCCUUUCCACUGAUUAUCCUGCAAAUCUUUCCACAUAAUCCAUUGUACUGAUUCUUUAUCCAUUACUUGAGUGUGUAUUUCCGCUGGAGUUUUGCCAUUUUUCUUCUUAUUCAAAAAAUUUAUAGUAUAUAAUGCUAAAGCCAAGGCAUCUUUAUUGGAUACCGCAUAUUCCCCUAUUCCCCCUUUUUGUUUAUUAAUUAAAUUCUUUAAAUACAAAUGAGAACGUUCCACAACGGCCUGGCCUUGAGGAUUAUAGGGUAUUCCAGUGAGAUGUACAAUGCCAAAUUCCUUUAAAAAGGUAGCAAAGCGAGCUGACGUGUAGGCUGGUCCAUUAUCAGUUUUAAUGACUUAAGGAACUCCCCAGGCUGCAAAGGACUGCA